CCUCCCGCGGCCGCGGAUGGACGCCGCACCCGCGCGAGCAGGCAAGCCACGCGGUGCAGGAGCGAUCAUAGGAUGUCAGCCGGACCGCGGCUCCCGCGCACGGGGCGCUGACGUGAGGGUCCUGCGCGGGUACAAGAGACGGGCAGCACGCAGCAUGCGGCACUUGCUCUCCACCCAGCACCACCCCCACCCUCUGACGCCUAGCCCACCAUGCUGCAGCCCGGCCUGCGCGCCCUCAUCCCCACCAUCGGCUUCAUCUUUGCCGGCCAGACGCUCGCCGCCGUGCCGGCCGUGGCGUACAAGACGGAGAAGUACUACGACCUCUCCGGCUCGCUCGGCUUCAUCUCCGCCGUCGGAUUCUCGCUGUACGGCCCGGCGCUGGUGGACAAGUACCUGCGCGGCAACACGCUGGCUGUGCUGCCGAGCAUGCGCUCGUUUGCGCCGCGCCAGCUCAUCGCGUCCGGCCUCGUGCUGCUCUGGGCCGCGCGCCUCGGCAGCUUCCUCUACCAGCGCAUCCAGAAGAGCGGCAAGGACGAACGCUUCGACGAGAUCAAGCAGAGCCCGCCCAAGUUCUUCGGCGCGUGGAUGAUGCAGGCCGCGUGGAUUUCGCUCACCGCCAUGCCCGUCUGGCUCAUCAACGCCGUGCCCGCACGCAUGCACCCGGCGCUCGGCGCCUGGGACGCCGUGGCGCUCGGCAUCUGGGCCGCCGGCUGGGGCCUCGAGGUGGUGGCCGACCGCCAGAAGAGCGCGUGGCGCGCGCGCAAGGACGCCGGCGAGCACAAUGAGGGCUUCAACCACGACGGCGUGUGGACGUGGAGCCGGCACCCCAACUACGCGGGCGAGGUGACGCUCUGGUUCGGCCAGUUCCUGCUCGCCGCCGGCGUGCUGCGCGGCGCCAGCGCUGCGGGCUUCGGCCCGUGGAGCGUCGGCCUGGCGGCCUCGUCGCCGGUGCUCGAGUACUGCCUGAUCCGCUUCAUCUCGGGCGUGCCGAUGGUCGAGAAGAACAUGGACAAGAAGCUCAAGGACGAUGCCGAGUACAAGAAGUACAAGGCCACCGUGCCGUGCUUCUGGCCCUUCAUCGGCCCCGUCAACUAGGCGUCUCGCUGCACAAUACCACGUCCGCGCACACGACCCCUGUACAAAAGAAAUGCAUCGCAGCAGCGUCAUGACCACACCAUACACAGGCUAGGCGGGGUACUUUGCCGCCAGCGCGUCGUACUGCUCCUGGCUCAGCGGCAGCACGGAGCCGUGGCGCUGGCCGUAGGGGAAGUUGGGCGCGUCGGGCUUGCUCCACGGGCCGGUCUGGAUGUCCGACGUGCCGUACACCUCGUACGAGCCCUGGCCCGAGUAGUUGUCGAGCAGCAGGUGCACGAGGCCCGGCGUGAGGUUGUCGGCGUAC